UUCAGUCACAUCUAUUCUAUUCUACUAAAACCAUACAGCAGGGAAAUUUCCUGUUAACCAGUGUACAGUACAAAUAUAAUAAUGAAACUCCCACAAAGGAGAAUCAUUUUCUCUCUCUUAACUCCUUCCUCAACAAGGACAACCAAAACCACAACUAUAAAAACCAUCGUAGUUGAUCCAUAACUUCACUCACUCUCUCUCUCCUCGUUGUUUCCGAUUUCUGGCUCUGGGGGAUUCUAAAGGUUAGUGGCUUUCUUCCCAAUUUUACACAAUUCUCUGCUUAAGGAGAAGAUGGAAUCAGAAAAAAAGGAAAAAAAUACUGUGGUAACUCAAAUCAGUAUCGGUGGUUUCGACCGUGGUGUCAAAGCAAAAGACCUCGUCAAUUUCUUGGAAGAUGAAGUUGGGAUUGUUUUCAGGUGUAGGUUGAAAACUUCUUGGACGCCUCCAGAGUCCCACCCAAAUUUUGAGGUCAUUGAUACUGCAGAUCUUGAGAGAGCUGAUAAUAACAGUAUAGAGCCUCAUGCUUUUGUUCAUUUUGCCUCGCCUGAUUCAGCAACUGAUGCUUUAAAGGUUGCGGUCUCUGGCAAUCUUAUGAUGGAUGGUAAACCACUAAAGGUAAGUUUGGGACCUGAGAAUCCAUACAGCAUGAACCAGAGAAGGAGAACUAUUAGUCCUAUGAAGAUACCUGAUGUGCUUCUUGAGAUUGGAACCUUAGUCAAACGAGAUGAAUUCUACGUUGCCUGGAGUGGAGCUCAUAGAGGGGUUGAUUUUCUUGUAGAUCCUUUCAAUGGGACAUGCAAAUUUUGUUUCACCAGGGAUACUGCUUUCUCAUUCAAAGGCAUGGCCAGGCUCGCAACUAUGAAUUGUGAUUUUAAGGUGGAGUUUUUGGUUAGGGAUAUUAAUGAGAUUAAAUCUUACAAGGAUACAUCAUAUUUGGUAGUUCUGUUGCAACUGGCUUCAUCACCACGGGUUUGGUAUAGAACUGCUGAUGAUGAUAUUGACAUACCUGCUCCAUUUGAUUUGUUGGAUGAUGAUGAUCCUUGGAUACGAACAACAGAUUUUACUUCUAGUGGGGCAGUUGGGCGAUGCAAUUAUUACAGAAUUUCAAUUCCACCUCGUCAUGGGGCAAAGUUGAAAAAGGCCAUGGUUUAUCUUCAACAACAGAGGGUGCAGGAGAGCAACUUAAAAUCGCCUCUUAGGAUCCGGAAGGAACCUGAUUAUGGGAUGACCUUGUCAGAUCCUUUCUUCUGCAUUCACUACGAGAAAGACAUUCAGUUUGAGAUAAUGUUCUUACUGAAUGUUGUCAUGCAUAAAGGAAUAUUUAAUCAGUAUCAGCUGUCAGAUGAUUUAUUUGAUUUACUAAGAAGCCAGCCAAAAGAGGUCAAUGUGGCUGCUUUGAAGUACAUAUCUUCCCUCAAACGCCCAGUUUUUAAUGCCUAUGAAAAACUAAAAUGUGUCCAAGAAUGGUUGUUGAAGGAUCCUAAACUUUUGAAGAUUCCUAGACAGUUGGAUGACAUUGCUGAAGUUAGAAGGCUGGUUAUCACCCCAACUAGAGCCUACUGUCUUCCUCCAGAAGUUGAACUCUCCAAUAGGGUUCUUAGAAAGUUUAAAGAAGUUUCUGAUCGAUUCUUAAGAGUUACUUUUAUGGAUGAAGGGAUGCAAACCAUGAAUUCGAAUGUUCUUACCUACUAUACUGCUCCUAUUGUGAAAAUACUGACAUCAAAUAAUUUCCCCCAGAAAACAAAAAUAUUCAAUAGGGUCAAGAGCAUUCUGACUGAUGGGUUUUAUUUGUGUGGUCGCAAUUACUCCUUUUUGGCCUUCUCUUCCAAUCAAUUGAGGGAUCGUUCUGCCUGGUUUUUUGCUGAAAAUGAGAGAAUAACUGUCUUAGACAGCAAACGUAUAACUGUCUUAGACAUCAAACGUUGGAUGGGGAAAUUUACCAACAGAAAUAUUGCAAAGUGUGCUGCUAGAAUGGGUCAGUGUUUUUCUUCUACCUAUGCUACAGUAGAAGUUCCAUCAACAGAGGUUGAUUUUGACCUUCCAGAUAUUGAGAGGAAUGGUUAUAACUUCUCUGAUGGGAUUGGUAAAAUUACUAGUGAUCUUGCAAUAGAAGUUGCGGAGAAGUUAAAGCUUGAUAUAGACCCACCGUCAGCUUAUCAAAUUAGAUAUGCUGGCUGCAAAGGUGUUGUUUCUUGCUGGCCACCAAAGGGCGAUGGGAUCAGACUUUCUUUGAGGACCAGUAUGAACAAGUUUCAAUCUAACCACACUAUACUGGAAAUCUGUUCCUGGACUAGGUUUCAGCCUGGUUUUCUGAACAGACAGAUUAUAACUUUGUUAUCAACGUUAAAUGUUCCUGAUGAAAUAUUCUGGAAAAUGCAAGAGAGUAUGGUUUCCAAGUUAAACCAGAUGCUUACAGAAGCAGAUGUGGCUUUUAAUGUUCUUACUGCUUCCUGUGCUGAGCAAGGGAAUGUACCAGCAAUGAUGUUAAGCGCAGGUUUCAAGCCCAAUUUAGAACCUCAUUUAAGGGGUAUGCUAACCUGUAUAAGAGCUGCACAGCUUUGGGGCCUUAGGGAAAAGGCAAGGAUAUUUGUUCCAUCUGGGAGAUGGCUUAUGGGUUGUCUAGAUGAGCUAGGGGUGCUUGAAGGAGGCCAAUGCUUUAUUCAAGUCUCUACACCAUCACUUGAAAACUGUUUCUCAAACCAUGGUUCUACAUUCAGCAAGAGAAAGAAUAAUCUUGAAGUAAUCAAGGGUUUUGUAGUGAUAGCAAAAAACCCUUGUCUUCACCCAGGAGAUGUAAGGAUUUUGGAAGCCGUUGAUGCCCCUGGUUUGCACCAUUUGUAUGACUGUCUUGUUUUUCCUCAAAAUGGUGAUAGGCCCCAUACAAAUGAAGCUUCUGGAAGUGAUCUUGAUGGGGACCUCUACUUUGUUACAUGGGAUGAGAAUCUUAUUCCCCCAAGCAAGAAGAGCUGCACUCCUAUGCAAUAUGAUCCAGCACAAGCAAAGACUUUGCCACGCGAAGUCACUCAGAAGGACAUAAUAGAUUUCUUUUCAAGAAAUAUGGUAAAUGAGAACCUUGGGGCGAUUUGCAAUGCUCAUGUGGUUCAUGCUGACAAAAGUGAGCAUGGUGCUAUGGACGAAAAGUGCAUUAAACUAGCUGAGUUGGCAGCAACAGCUGUUGAUUUUCCAAAAACUGGAAUUAUUGUAUCAAUGCCUCCACAUUUGAAGCCAAUAGAAUACCCUGAUUUUAUGGGAAAAGAAGCAUAUCAAUCCUACCCUUCGCCUAAAAUUCUUGGGAGACUUUACCGGGUGAUUAGAGAUGCAUAUGAUGAAGACGUGUCAACAUCUUCUGCACUGAAUUUUGCACCCAAGGAUAUCCCCUAUAAUGCAGACCUUGAGGUUUCAGGAACAGCCAAUUUCAUUAACGAUGCAUGGGAUCUCAAAUGCUCUUAUGAUGGGCAACUGAAGGGUCUUAUGGAGCAAUAUAAAGUGAGGAGGGAAGAGGAAGUUGUGACUGGGCAAAUUUGGUCCAUGCCAAAGCACAACAGCAGGAAGCAAGGGGACCUCAAGGAGAGACUGAAGCAUUCUUACAAUUCAUUGAGAAAAGAAUUUAGACAAAUGUUUGAGAAGAUGGACCCUGAUUUUGAGCACCUUACUGAUGAAGAGAAGAAUAUCUUGUAUGAAAAGAAGGCAUCAGCAUGGUAUCAGGUUGCAUACCAUCCUAAUUGGGUGAAGAAAACACUUGACAUGCAAGAGUCGGAUUCAGUUGAAAACAUAGUGAUGUUAAGCUUCCCAUGGAUUGCAGCUGAUUACCUUGCUCGCAUCAAGAUUAAGAACUGUGGAGUUGAAGAUGUUGACACUACCAAGCCGAUCAACUCAUUGGCAAGGUACCUUGCUGAUCGGAUAUGAGGUACCUUGUUGAUAGGAUAUGACCAGAUUUGAAGCCCCCAAGGUUUGUGGUGGCAAGGCCAUUCUGCCAAUUGAUUUUCCUUUAGAAAAGGCUAAUAGUUCUGCUGUGCUCUUCAAAAGAAACAGAAGGACAAUGCUAUGAAGAUUGGAACUUAGUCCAAUUUAUCUUCCUUUUGGAGAUAAAUCUAUGUUAAGAGUGAGAGAGAAGGGUAAGUGUGUGGUAGCAUAUUAAUUUAGGUAAUGUUGUGUUAUGCUUUAGCAUUAUCAGCAUUGAUGAUAUGUCACCCUGUACUGUUGUGUUGUAUUGCAAGAUUGGUCUGGGAAUUUAUGAGUUCCAUUUGCUUUACUAUAAGAAGGUUAUGUGGGUAGUGUUAUCAUUUAA